AUGAGCUAUAUCGAAACCGGAUGGGAUGGUUUCGGUGAGCGAGUUGACGACCUCCAGAGCAGGAGAGAUGAAGGUCUGGACAUUUAUUUGGAGGAGACAAUUGGUGUAGGGGAGUCCAUUGCGUCAGAUGAUGAUGCAAGACGACACAAUAGCGUGAAGGAAGUAACUGCAUUGCUGCGGUCUGGCCAUAUGAGCAGUAUGCUGCAGAAACUUAGCGACUACAGUGAGCAGGAAAACGUGAAGAACACGAUAACGCCGGAUGACCCCGAAUAUCAGUUUGUGAUUGACUCAAGCAACCUUGUACUGCGCAUUGAGGUUGAAAAGAGUAAGGCGGUUGUUUACGCACGGGCUCACUACAGUCAGCGGUUUCCAGAGCUUGCCAUGUUUUUUACUUCCGGUCUUCUCUAUGCACGUGUGGUGCAGCUUCUGCAGAACAAUAUGGACCUUUCUCAGGUAAUUGAUCAGCUUGAUGAGUUGGUGCCCUCGCAGCUUACCGCUGUUAUCAUCGCUUGCGCAUCGACUACCACAGGACGUGAGCUGUCACCUGAGGAGCUGCAGCGUGUGCUCGAAGCGUGUCAGGAGAUAGAAACACUCGAAGCGGCGAAGCAAACCUUUCUGGAAUACAUCCAGCGGUCGAUGCCACUCAUCUGUCCAAACCUUUGUGCCUUUCUUGGCACUGGGAUCACCUCCCAGCUCUUCGCUAUUGCAGGGGGCGUAGCACCGCUUGCAGCUAUGGAUCCAACAGAAUUGUCUCGGCUCGGUAGCACGCGCGCCAACAGUAGCGGUAUCGCGCUUAAAACCACUGGAUUUUUAAGUAAUUCUGAUUUUGUUGUUAACCACCCGCCGCAGCUUCGGCCCAAGGCGUUGCGUCUUGUAUCUAGCACCGCCACGGUGCUUGCACGCAUCGAUGCGAAUAGACGGGCCGCCAGCCACCAAGAGGGUGUGAGACAGCGUGAACUGGUGCGAUUGAAGAUGUUGUCGUGGCUUGACCCCCCUGUACUGCGGGGUGCGGGAAACAAUACUUACGAGAGACGGAGAAGGAAGCGGCCGCGACGGAAUUUAAGAUAA